AUGCCAGAAGAGCUGAGAAAUCCUUUUAUCAGUAAUACGCCGUCCUCGUCUCCUGUUAAGCCGAGGACGGCGAAGAACCGGGUGUCAAAACAUGACAACUCGUCAUCAUCCACAUUGUCGUCCGUACACUCCUCGCCGGUCCGGCGGCCGCGGUCUAAUAACGGUGGCUUCACAGACAGGUUUUUACCUAAUCGAACUGACAUGGACUUGAAAUCCGUAAUCUCUGUUGGAUCUUCAAACUUACCGAGCCUUCCCGCGUCUAAUUCCGAUAACCACUUAGAAUUCAGAAGGGAACAAGAAGCACACGAAACGUUUGAUGCCGUUUUGAAAAAUGAGCUUUUCGGCGAAAAGCUCUGUAAGGAUUCAAAUGAAACGGGAAACAGCAUCGAUAGAAUCAAAUACACAUCUUCUUCUUCUUUUCAUGAACCAACUACGCCACCAAGAUCGCAUGAGACGUUCGAAAGAGAAGCACUGCUUUCUCCAACGAACUCUAGCCCGGCAACUCCUCGAAGGCUCACAUUUGAUCACCACCAGAAACCCAGCACAAGCACAAUGAGAGGUGCUAGCCUUCUUACCUAUUGCGAGAGAAAAGCUUCCAGACCAUCUACAGCUUCAUUGAUACAAACGCAAUUUAAUUGCUCCGCCUCUCCAGUACGACCAGACUCAAAGAAACUACUUCUACUACCGAGCAAGAAAACUAGACAAAUAGCUAAAAUCCCUUAUCGGGUUCUCGAUGCUCCCUCACUAGCUGAUGACUUUUAUUAUGAUCUUAUAGAUUGGUCCAGCACAGAUAUACUUGCGGUUGCAUUGGGAAAAUCUAUCUUCCUCACGGACAAUAAGACGAGUGAAGUGGCGCAAUUGGCUACUACUGACGAUGAAUAUACCAGCCUGAGCUGGGUGGGAGCGGGCUCUCACCUUGCUGUGGGACAAUUGAAUGGGUUAGUAAAGAUUUUUGACGUCGAGAAAAAGAAAUGUAUCAGGACUCUACCUGGCCACAUAGAUCGCGUUGCUUGCUUAUCGUGGAAUAAUCAUGUGCUCAGCUCUGGCAGUAGAGAUCGCAGGAUAUUGCAUCGAGACGUGCGAACGCCUGAUCCUUGUUUUGAGGAAAUUCAUACGCAUACGCAAGAAGUUUGUGGUUUGAAGUGGAAUGUGGAAGAAAAUAAAAUGGCUUCGGGAGGAAAUGACAAUCUAGUUUUCGUUUAUGACGGAACUUCUAGAAGCCCAAUAUUGAAACUCUCCGAUCAUACGGCGGCAGUUAAGGCCAUUGCGUGGUCUCCUCAUAAGCGAGGGAUUCUCGCAACAGGUGGAGGCACUGCAGAUAAGAAACUAAAAAUAUGGAAUGUGAGAACUGCUACAAAAUUGCACGAUGUAGAUACGGCUUCACAAGUUUGCAACAUGGUUUGGUCAAAGAACACUAACGAGAUAGUAACCUCCCAUGGAUACUCAAAGUAUAACUUGACGUUAUGGGAUGGGAAUACAAUGGACCCAGUUGCGAUCUUGAAAGGGCAUAGUUUUAGAGUGCUUCACAUGACUCUUUCAGCAGACGGAACAACGAUAGUAUCUGGAGCAGGCGAUGAAACUUUAAGAUACUGGAAAUUGUUCGAAAAAUCAAAGCCUCAACUGCAGCCAGCGUCUGCUCUACUCAACGCUUUUAGUCAGUUGAGAUAA